ACAUCAUUUCUCUUUCUACUCUCUCUCGCUUCUUCACUCACUCGGGUCCUUAAAAAUCUCUCUCUCUUUCUCUCUCCUCUGUGUCUUCUCCUUCUACUCUUUCUCAUUCUCCCUCCGGCGCGUCUCUGUUUGUUUUAGGGUUUUUCGAUUUAUUUUUUGUUCCAGAUUUUUUUUUUCAUUCACGAGGUCGAGGAAGAAGAGGAAGUAAAAUCAAAUCAAAACUCCCAUAGAAAUGGAAAAGAAACAAGGUUUUUUCUCAGCACUACGAGAUGAAGUCGUGAGAGGUCUUUCGCCUUCUCGCUCCAGACCACGUUCUCGCUCCGCGAGCCCAUCCCGCUCCAAUUCAGCUCUUCUCUGGGGUCGGAAGAAACUUAUGGCAAGCUCCGGCUGUAGCGGCGGCGGCGGAUAUUACUUAGCGGCGCAACCAGAGCCUAUGGUUGGAAGAUCCGGGAGCUUAAGACCUGUAAUGGAAGGUCCUGAUCCUGACGAUAAUGAUGGAGGUGGAGGUGAGAUUUCAGGGGAUCCGAAACGACUCGGGUCGGGUCUAGGUCACUGGGUCAAGGGUCAGUUGUCACGUGCUCCCUCCGUGGCUUCCACGUCGACUUAUCGGAGGUCCGAUUUGAGGCUUCUCCUCGGCGUCUUGGGAGCUCCUCUCGCACCCGUUCACGUCUCUUCCUCCGAUCAUCUGUUGCUUCGUCUCACCCUCAAAGAUACCUCUAUCGAAGCAUCAUCUGCUCAGUACAUUCUGCAACAGUACACGGCGGCUUGCGGUGGCCAGAAGCUACAAAACUCCAUUAAAAACGCUUAUGCUAUGGGUAAGCUCAAGAUGGUAACUUCAGAGCUCGAAACUCCCACGAGAACAGCUCGAAAUCGAAACCCGACAAAGUCCGAAACCGGUGGGUUCGUUCUCUGGCAGAUGAAUCCAGACAUGUGGUACGUUGAGCUCUCUGUUGGUGGUAGUAAGGUUCGUGCUGGCUGCAAUGGCAAGCUCGUCUGGCGACACACUCCUUGGCUUGGUUCGCACACUGCUAAAGGACCCGUCAGGCCUCUUCGCCGUGCACUUCAGGGACUUGAUCCGAGAACUACUGCGACCAUGUUUGCUAAUUCGAAAUGCGUUGGAGAGAAGAAAGUGAAUAGUGAAGAUUGUUUCAUUCUGAAGCUAUGCUCUGACCCUGAAACGCUAAAGGCGAGGAGUGAAGGACCAGCAGAGAUCGUAAGACACAUCCUUUUCGGUUACUUCAGCCAAAGAACAGGGCUUUUAGCUCAAAUCGAGGAUUCUCAGUUGACCCGGAUCCAAACUAACGGUGGUGAUGUGGUUUACUGGGAAACCACGAUCAACUCGUCUCUGGAGGAUUACAAGCAAGUCGAAGGGAUCAUGAUUGCUCACUCUGGACGCUCUGUUGCUACCCUUUUCAGAUUCGGGGAAGUCGCCAUGAGCCACACGAGGACCAAGAUGGAGGAAAGAUGGAGCAUUGAAGAAGUCGCUUUCAAUGUUCCCGGUCUGUCUCGAGACUGCUUUAUCCCACCGGCUGAUCUUCGGUCUAGUUCUCUAACCGAGGCCUGCGAGUACCCGGAUCAAGAGGAGAAAGGCAAGAGCUUGGCUGCAACAGCUCAUAGAGCUAAAGUUGCUGCCUUGGAGAAAGGAAGGUUCGACGGUAAUGAUGUCUGAGUUUAAGAUGCAAUAUGUUCAUAGUAAAUGCUGAUAACAAGACUCAAGCCUUGAAACCAAACUAACUAACAGCUUUUGUUUAGGAGCUCAUAUAUUAGGAGUUUGAUUACACGAUUGUUUUCUUUCGGUUUCCUUUUUAUUCUUUUUUUUGCUUUUUCGCCUUCAGUAUUUGAGUAAGGUGAUGGGAUUUGAUUGAUCUUGAUGGCGGCAAGAGAAGUAGAAUUGCUGCUUACAUGUUGAAUUUGAUUUCAAUGGAAGUAUUCAUGAUUAGCUUGUGAAUUU